CCAAUACAGGGAGGUAAGGUGGGAUCACCAAUCCAACAUUUCUUUAUCUUAUAUACAUGGUACAUAAACAUACAUACUGUUUUGAGAUCAGCCACGAAUUUGCGUAAUGGGUAAUCAAAAGCUUGAACCCAGUAGCUUGAAAGCGAUUUGAGGAGGUCUGUUGGUUCCUAUAGCCUUGACAAGUCUAAUGUCCGGUUCUAUUUUGCAACUGUGGAAGAUUUUUUCGUGAUGUUAUCAAUCCAACCCAAAUUUGAAGGAUUUGGAUGAUCAUGGAGGAUCCUUAUGAAAAAUCCAGCAAUGGUGGAGCAGCAAAGUCCAAUCUUCAGAUCAUUAGAUAUUCUCCAUUCCAACCCUGCACCAAAUUUUCCUCACCUUGGUUUGAUUUGAGAGUUUUUUAUGUGAGGAUAAGUAAUUUCCAGGUCGAUGCAUCAACUCCAGAAUUUCUCACUCUCAAUCACAUCCCUCUUAGCCCAGACACCCUUUUGGAAGUCAAUGGUACAAGAAGUAGCAUGUAUUCUGAUUGUGUCUCUUCCCUUCUCAGAAGGGAUCGAGUCGAUAAAAAAUCUGAAGAAGCUACAUUUGUUAGCACAGAUAGUAUUAGAACCACAGGAAGUGUUAAAUUUGAGGUUUUUGACAAAGAGGAUCUAAUUCUAUCUGGGGUUUUGGAGAUGUCUAAUAGUAAUGGUUUUGUUGGUGAAUCAAAAAAUAAUGGGAAGAGGUGGACUAUGAAUUGUGAAUCAGAUAUCACAACUAGUGCUGGCUUCUUGAAAGGAAAAUACACUGCUGGUGCUGAGUUACCAACCAUUGAGGUUUAUGUGACAGGUUCUUUCUCAGGUACACCCAUCAUAUUAACCAAGAUUUUGCAGCUUGGUUAUCGCAAGAAGCAUAUUAGAAAAGGCAUGUUGGAUGCAAUUCCAGAGUAUGAAACAACUGAAUCCCUGAAAAAUGGUUCACCAGAUCAUGAUCUGCAGAUAUCAGAAUACAGAAGUUACAAACCAGAAAAUGAAGAAGAUUAUAGCAACAUGUACUGGAGGAGGACUGAAUAUAUGGAUGGGGAUGGUGAAGGUGAAAUGUCAUGGUUCAACGCUGGUGUUAGGGUUGGUGUAGGAAUUGGGCUUGGCAUUUGCCUUGGAGUUGGAAUAGGAGUUGGUUUAUUAGUUCGUACAUACCAAUCGACCACUCGAAACUUCAAAAGACGGAUUCUGUGAUUCCUCUCUUUGCCAAAGCUAUACUUGGUGCAGAUAAUUUUGUCAAUGUUUACAUGAUGGGUCUUUGACUAUAAGAUUUUGACUGAGUGAGUUCUCUGUGUAGCUGACUUCCUUUUUUUUUUUUUUUUUGUGUAGCUGCUUCCUUUUUUUUUUUUUUUUGUUAGUGUGCAAGCUUUUUUCUGUGUUUAUGUCCCCUGUCAACUUCUAUGUAGUGUGGUGUUUAUUUAGCUAGCAAUGUAUGACAGAUAGAUAGAUUCUACUAAUGGGAAGGGCUUGCAGUCCUUCACAUUGAUGUCAAGGUUAUACAUGUAUAAGAUUUCAUGGCUUGUAUUUCCUGUAAAUAAAAUGUGAUUUUGAGAAGCGAAGGUUAUACAUGCA